AUGGCACCGUUGCCCACAACCUCAUAUAUCACCCUUGCCGAGGCGCAAAGCAUCAUCCGUCAGCACGACAUUGAUCGCCAGAAGGAGCUACACACGAUACAGUCGGACCACGGCCAGCAAUAUAACGAAGCAAAGACACACAUAAGAGACCUGGAGAAUGAGCUGAAGGUUCGACUCAUUGCUGUUGAGGAGUACGAGUUCCAGCUUGAACAGAAAGUAGCCAAGGACCAAAAUGAGCUGCUCAGACGGGAGGUUACGGUGUUUAAAAACCCGAUCCAGCGUUUCCUCCGGGUUCGACGCUCAAUUGUUGGACCCACCCAAGACCAUAGCGGCUUUAAGUGCAACCUAAUGCGCCUCCAGUUUGAAGGAACCGAUGAGUACAGCUUCGACCGCAUCUUCGACUCGGCUGCUGAGCAGCACAGCAAUGCCAACAUCUACAGUCGCCUACGCGUCCAGCUUGGGCGAGCGAAGGAGGGUAACCACGUCGUUAUCAUCGCGUACGGACCAUCAGGUGCUGGAAAGACGUCUACAUUGUACGACGGAACAUCUCAGCGAGAUGGCACACACGACAUGUCCCUUCUCUAUCGCAUUGUUCAGGAGUUAUUACAAAACUUGGCGGUGGGGUGGAAGCUCAGAAUGAGCUGGCUCGAAGCCCAUCACGAUAUUGCGAAGGGAAAGGAUACGCUGUUCAACCUAUUGGUCGACCCCAAGCAAAAGGUCACCCACAAAACUCACAGCUCUUCCAAUGCUCCUUCAGAAAAUUGCUUCAUGUACUCAACGGCGAACGAUUACUUUGUCACAGAUGCACGCGAAUUCUUGGAACCUGUCGAUAUUGUCUCACAGAAAAAGUUAGAAGUCAUGAAAGAAAAAGCAAGAAGGAAUCGCUCCACAGACGCGACAGACAUGAACAAACAAUCCUCGCGCGCAUCUACGUUUGUUGAACUUCGUCUUGAACUCCAUGGGGAGUUGCAGGGCGUUAUUACCAUUGUAGACACCAUGGGCCAGGAAAGUUCCACAAAUAAGUCGCAAAAACAACGAGUUGCUGCUGGAGCGGGAAUGGCAACCAACUCAGAACUCUCCGACAUGCUACGUGCUCUUGGGCAGCAGCAUACUGUUAAAGGAAGGCAAGGCGCAUGUAAGGUCACACAGCCGGUAUAUACGACCCAUCGUUUCCGUCGGUCUUUGCAGACAUCACUGACCAUGUACCAGCUUAACAAACUUCUCUUCCCUGCCUUUAAUCGCUCUGUUCUCAAAGGCGAACAUCACUGCCACGUUACUGUCAUUGGCCAUGUGUUCGAUCAAUCCGACAGGAAACACACCCGUGAGACCCUCGAAACACUCAAGCUGUGGGAAACACAUGCGAAGGCGAAUGAGAGAGAGAGAUAG